CCGAAAGGGACGAGCGGUAGAAAAUGGAUGGAUGGAUGGAUGGACAUAAAAGUAUUGGAAGAUUCAUAUAUUUGGCCAGUGAGUGUCCAUCAACGUGUCACACAUUCUCCCAGAAGCCAUCAGUGUGAGUUGAAAAGGAAAUAGGAUGUCUGGGGACAAAGGCUGCUCCCAGGGAGGACAGGAGGAGGAGAUGAUGGUGGGGAUGAAGGGAGGAGUGACAGGUCUCAGGAUGUCGCUGAAAGUGCCGACCAGCAACGUGACCAACAAAACCGACCCCAAGUCCAUCAACUCGCGGGUGUUUAUCGGCAACCUCAACACGGCGGUGGUGAGCAAGUCAGACGUGGAGAGCAUAUUCUCCAGGUACGGCCGCGUGCUCGGCUGCUCCGUACACAAGGGCUACGCCUUCGUCCAGUACGCCAACGAGAAGCACGCCAAGGGCGCCGUCGCUGGCGAGAACGGUCGGGUGCUGGCAGGGCAGACGCUCGACAUCAACAUGGCGGGAGAGCCUAAACCCAGCAGGGACAAACCCACAAAGCGACCGUCUUCUUCACACUACAGCACCUACGACUUGGACUACGAGCACUUCAGAGACGACUUGUACAAUAGGCUGAUGGUGUACGGUGGUCAGGUGUUGCCAGACGCGCGAUUGGUGCCAGUCAAAGGCCUGCGGGUGGCGCCCCCUUUCGUCCGUCGGCUCACAUCUCUCCCAGUUAGAACGCUGCCGCGUAACGCAAACAUGCUUCCUGGCGGUAAGCACAGACUCAGAGGAGUCCAACUGCGGGCCAUCAAGUCCCAGCUGACUCAGAUUAAAGACCACAUUGAAGCUUUGCUGCGACGACUGGACCGCAUCGCUAAAGACGCACACCUCAGCUGCACAGAGAGGACAUCGUUGCAGCGUUACAGCGAGGAGGAGGUUUGGCAGGGAGAGGAAUGUAGCUUGGAUGUUGAAGAAUCUGAUGAGGAGGACGCGGAUCCACGGCCGGGCAGCGAGGGCGACGAGGAAGAGGACAUGCAAGGCGACAACCACAUGGUGCAUCCAAAACUUCUAUACAUUCAUCAACUAUUUGGGCUUUUUUUUUUUUUUAACCAAGGGCAUGGGUUUCCAAAGUGUAGCAAAUGGCCCUCGAUGUAUUAUAGAAAUACAAGUAUUCUUACACGCAUGAGUCUUCAAUUCAACGUUCCGCAUCAGUCGCUACAGUGGAUGCUAAAAAAAAUACCAAUAAAAUACAUGCAUAAGUGUACUGUCCCCCCACAGUACAUGUUCAUCCAAAACAAACAUAUGGACAUAAAGCAACAAGAAGCUAAUAUUCUUGUUGAAUUCUGAGCAUUG